AGAAUGCGUGGGGACUGGGGAGGAUGUAUAUAAUCCCGUCUUUCCCUUCUCAUUAGCGCACAUAUCAAAACGGAGGACCAGAGGACUUCCUUCAGUCUGCAUGGCUCGGACAUUUUCACCACUUUCCCCUCAUCGCGCCAUUUUAAAUGCCUUCGCUUAGUUUAAACCUGACCGCCGUGCACACCAUGGCGGAGGUGGGGACUUUGUUUGGAGCGCUCGACUUGGAUUUACAAAGUUUGCCUGCGUUUGGGAACGCGCCCCAGCAGCCGGAGUCUCCCCUGGGCUUGAACGAAGGGGGGCUCCAGCGGGGGUCGCCCAACGACUUCGGCCACCUCAAAGGCAUCCUGAGGCGGCGGCAGCUGUACUGCAGGACGGGCUUCCAGCUGGAGAUAUUCCCCAAUGGGACAGUGCACGGAACCAGGCAGGACCACAGCAGGUUUGGCAUCCUGGAGUUCAUCAGUCUGGCAGUCGGUCUGGUCAGCAUCAGGGGCGUGGACGCUGGACUCUACCUCGGCAUGAACGAGAAAGGAGAGCUCUAUGGGUCGAGGAAGCUGACAGCAGAGUGUGUGUUCAGGGAGCAUUUUGAGGAGAACUGGUACAACACAUACGCAUCCACGCUGUACAAGCACAACGACACGGCACGCUUCUACUACGUGGCCUUGAACAAAGAUGGCUCGCCCAGGGAGGGCAGCAGGACUAAAAAGCAACAGAAACUCACACACUUCUUACCGCGACCUGUGGAGAUCGAAAAGAUCCCUCAGGCCUACCGGGACCUCUUCCAGUACAGGUGACCACAGCUUGGACAACUGGUCCCACUUAACAAGAAGAGGCGGCCACAGGGGGUUGUUUGCUACAAAACUGUUUACCCUCCGCUGAGGUC